CAGUGGUAGAGCAUUCAGAUAGAGUACAAGUGAAACCAUUUUUUAACUAAAAUGGUUUCCUGAAUCAAUCACAGAAUAGUACUCUUCCUUUUCAUUAGAUUGAGAGUCUUUCUUACAACAUAGUUGAUUUUCUGCAUGGUCAUAUCAUAUCUAGUUUUGGGAUUUUUAUAGUCCAUGAUCUGUUCCAUCGGUUCUAUCAGUGUAAGAUCACUUAGGCUUCAAAGAAGAAUUUAUAACUUGUUUUGAUUGUUCCUUCGGAGGAGUUCAUAGUUUUUAGAAGCUAUGGAGGAGAAGAAUGAUAUGGAUAAGGUUGAUGAGAUUAUGUUGCCGGGAUUCCGGUUCCAUCCAACAGAUGAAGAGUUGGUAGGCUUCUAUCUGAGGAGAAAGAUACAGCAAAGGCCUCUUUCUAUUGAGCUCAUCAAGCAACUUGAUAUCUACAAAUAUGACCCCUGGGACCUCCCAAAGAUGGCAACAACUGGAGAGAAGGAAUGGUAUUUCUACUGCCCGAGGGAUAGGAAAUACCGCAACAGCGCGAGGCCUAACAGAGUCACAGGAGCUGGAUUCUGGAAAGCUACUGGAACUGAUAGGCCUAUCUACUCCUCUGAAGGAACAAAAUGCAUUGGCCUGAAGAAAUCUCUAGUCUUUUACAAGGGAAGAGCAGCCAAAGGUAUGAAAACUGAUUGGAUGAUGCACGAGUUCAGGCUUCCAUCCCUUAGUGAUCCCUCCGUUCCCAAAAGACCUCUUGACAAGAACUUCAUUCCUGCCAACGAAUCAUGGGCCAUAUGCAGGAUCUUCAAGAAGGCCAACACCUCAGCACAAAGAGCACUUUCUCACUCCUGGGUAUCUUCAUUACCAGAACCGACAGAUUUAGACAAGUUCUCUCUUCCCCGUGCCAUGAAUCUUACACACUUUGCAUCAGAGAAUACUUCUUGCACCACAGAAGUUGGUUCAGCAAUCCAGUUUGGUUGUAACAGUGGCUUAGAAUAUCAUAGCAGUGCAGUGACUUAUCCUUCCAUGGAUUUCACUAACUUUAAGUCCAUAAACUUGAGCAGCUGCAAGCCAUCUGAAAUGCCCUCAAGUUUCAUGUUCUCGCCGCCUGAAACAUCAAUGCCUAUCAAGCCAUCAGUAGAUAUGGCCUCCAUGCUUCUCAACUUAUCCCCUACAAUACUUCAGGAUAUGGAGAAAUCUUCUUCUCCGUGUAUAGACUUUGAACAGCCAAAUCAGUCAAAUGGAUUCACCGUUACAUUUCCAUUGGAGGCAAAUGGGAACUUGGGAACUGAUGAAGAAGAUAUGAUUGCUAAAAAGACUCUGAGUAGCAUCAUAGGUGGCAAUAAUCAGUGGGGAAAUUUGAGAACCAUGAAUUUUCCCUUCAACCUCGCAAGUGCUUCUGAUGACUGGAAGCUGAAUCUUCUAUGGGAUUCUGCAAUCUGUCCCAGCGAGAUGUCAACCGGUUAUUCUACCAACAAGUGUUAUACUUGAAACGUGUUUCUGUUUGAAGUUUUCUUUUGGUCACCUUGGUCUGUUAGCAUUACUGUUAGCAUGGAUUAUUAUAUUGCAUGUGUGAGAAAAACGACUAUAAAUUGAUGUAUAUACUUACUGUAAAGCCUGCUAACAGCAAAGCUAACAGAUUGUGAAGGUAAUAUUUAUGUUUGUUUUGAUUAUCAGUACUUUAAUUUUCAUAGAUGUUUU